UCUUGAUGAGUACAAGAGCAGGGGGGCUUGGUAUCAACUUGACAGCUGCUGACACUGUCAUCUUCUAUGAGAGUGACUGGAAUCCAACUUUGGAUUUACAGGCGAUGGAUAGAGCUCAUAGCUGGGUCAAACUAAGGAUGUAGAAAGCCGGAAACGAGGCAUUUAAAUCUGGAAAAUAUAUGGAAGCUAUUGAACAUUAUACUGCUGCUAUAUCCAGCAGUGUUGAGUCACGUCCUUUUGCAGCUAUCUGUUUCUGCAAUCGAGCUGCUGCUCACCAAGCUCUUGGUCAAAUUGUUGGUGCCAUUGCAGAUUGUAGUCUUGCCAUUGCUCUUGACAAGAACUACACAAAGGCUGUUUCAAGGAGGGCUACCUUACAUGAGAUGAUUAGAGACUAUGGGCAUGCUGUAAAUGAUCUUGAGAGGCUCAUAUCCCUUCAGGAAGCUCAAUCACUAGAAAGGACUCGACAAUCUGAGGCGCUGGAUAAGUCAAAUGGAAGCAGUGCUAAAGAAGCAAAGCAAACUCGUCUGCAGCUUUCGUCAAUUCAGGAGAAGGCUAAAAGAGGAACGUCAUUGGAUCUUCAUCUUAUUUUCAGCAAUACCGUGAAAAGGGUUUUCAAAAAUAUUCUGAAUUGAUCUCAUGCCUUCUGGUGGCUGAGCAACAUAAUGCCCUUUUAAUGAAAAAUCAUGAAGCCCGUCCCACUGGAACUACUCCGUUACUGAAAGAAAAUAUGGUAAAAGCACAUGACCAGUCUGAAAGAAGACAAAAUAAAAAUCAUGGCCACAAUAAUGUGCGUGGGCGUGACAAUGGCAGAAGACGAUUUGAUUAUCGUCGUGAUGGUGGUCAACAUAAAAGGGAGAACAAUAUCAGUUCUCAAAAUGGCCCUUCAAAAAGUAACUGUCAUCGUUGUGGCCUUUCGGAAAAAUGAAUGUCGAACGCUUGAGCAUUUUGUAAGGCUUUACCAAAAUUCAUUCAAAAGAAAGGCAAAUAGAAGGUGGUGCCUCUUCUUCUAAUGCUCGGAUAGAGUCACACUUGGUGUUUGAAAAUAAUAUUGAGGCUGGACCUUCGCAUAAUGAUA